UUUCACAGUCGAUCGACGCAAGCCAGGCCGCUGUUCAAGUCAUGGCUGCAGUUGAUUCCCACCAACAGAGAGGUCUCCUUGUUGUCAUCGAAGGUCUUGACCGCUCUGGCAAGUCGACCCAAUGCCAGAAGCUCUUGGACGCUCUCCAGGCACAAGGUAGAAAAGUCCGAUACGUGAAGUUUCCAGACCGAACUACGCCUACUGGUCAAAUGAUCAAUGGCUAUUUGACAGGCCAGGCUCAACAGGACGACCACUCUAUUCAUCUAUUAUUCUCGGCGAAUCGUUGGGAGGCUAUCAAAGGCCUCCGGGAAGAUAUCCUUGAUGGAGUCACUGUUAUAGUCGAUCGCUAUUCAUUUUCUGGAGCUGUCUAUUCGGCGGCCAAGGAGAAUCCUGACUUGACGCUCGAUUGGGCUUGGUAUCCGGAGAUAGGUCUCUUGAAGCCAGACGCGCUCUUCUUCCUCGAUAUAUCCACGGCCGAUGCAGCUAAACGCGGUGGAUAUGGUGCCGAGAGGUACGAGACCGAGAAAAUGCAGGCACGGGUCCGGAUUCUUUUUAAAGAAGUGUUCUCCAGACUUGACGAUGUCCCGGUCCGGAUAGUGAACGCUGGACGAACCAUGGACGAAGUGGCCUCCGAGAUUUCGGCAAGCGUCAAAGAGUUAGCGGAAGGCAGUGCUCCAGGGCCCCUUCAGAGACUCGGACCUUUGCUUGCAGCAUAGAACCGCUCGAAGUUGUGUCAUCUUUCAUCUUCACUAUCUUCGAUGACGAUUUCUAACCUUGGCUGGCUUACCACUGGUUUCUCGCCAGCCUCAAAGUCGGACGCUCUGCUUAUGUAUGAGUCUGUGGAGGCGAUCGACGCUGCAUCAUCACAAUCUUGGUCAUCGCCCAGCUCCUCAUCAACCACUUCCUGUGCGGGAUGUUUCUGCCAAGCACGUUACAUGUGAUAUAGAUCGACAAUGAUCGGUGUGGCAGAUGACAAAUAAGCCCUUUUUUAGGUCGAUGCCGCUGUGGCACACAGUACACUUUUGCUCAUCAUCUUCGUCGAGGAGGAAUUGACUUUUCUCGAAAACUCCACGCAGACGGGCAUAUGUGGGGUCGACGCCAUCAACUCCGCCUUUGCCGAUCAAGUCUGCCUUUCUUCUCUUCUGCAGGGGCUGAGCUGAAGUGAAUUCAUCCUGGUCUUGGUGAGGUUGUGUUUGAGAUGGGUCAAAAUGGACUUUGAUGUCAGGGGAAAUGUUGGUAUCGACUCGCUCACACCAGGUUUCCCAGGACCGGUAAGCAUCUUGGUUGAAAAAGCGGACCUCAAGAGGCCAUUUGGAGAAGUAAGAUGCUCUGAGCAGCAGGUGCAGAUUUGACAACUUGUCCAUCAACGAGGUUCUCGGUCUGCCGGGUCUCUUUGUUGUCUUGCCGCUUCUGGAAGUCUUGGUGCGCGUCGUGGCGAAAGAGAUGCGGUCAUUAGGUGUGAUGUGUCGGGUCAGAUGGGAGUUCUGCCAGGCCCAUUCGAAUUGGAGGGCGGCGAUGUUGGAGGGGAAGCCAGCCACGAUGCAAGUCACUUCCCAUGGGCGGAGUGUGGCUCGAGAUGUCCGUACAGCACCACCCUGGACUCUGCCAUUGUGCUGACCAAGCCGUCGGGCAGGAUCUGGACUAGAGCCGACGUAAACGCUGGCGUGGCGGACUGUUGAGCGCAGAAGGUAGCAACAAUAGAAUGCAGGUAUCG